ACGAGGCCGCGCUGUGGACGGGACGAGGCCGCGCUGUGCACGAGACAAUGCCUUUACCUUUUAACAAAGCACUGGACCUGAAGCUACUACACUUGGUAAAGGAGAAUCCUAUACUGUACAACUCGAGACAUAUCAAGUACGUGGAUUUUGACGCUAGAGAGGUCGUCUGGCAUAAGAUUGGGGACGCUCUGAAUAGACCUGGACAGGUCUGCAAAUCAAGAUGGAUCAAUAUUAGAGACAUGAUGCGCAGAAAGGUGAAAGAGAGGCUCAGGAACCCCAACCACCGAAUAUACAAUUACAAAUACGAGGAAGAACUUGCGUUCAUGCUCCCCUUCUUCAAGGAGCCAAACACCAGCUCCAACGACCAUGAGGAAUACCCCGACUUCCUUGAUGAAGAAACUGGACAGUUGACAGAAGUGGAGAUGCCGUCAGUCUUUGUAAAUGAAAACGAAGUCUAUGAUGCAGCAGAUACGAAAGAAAUAAAACUUACAGUACGCAGAAGAAAUCAAGAGGAACCUGGUAAAGAGUUUAAUGAAACGGUAUACACAGAACUGAACCCUGCAGACCCUAUAGAUGUGUUCCUAAUUACAAUAGGCACAACACUUAGGAAGUUCUCGCCGUAUUAUCUGAACCAAGCGAAGACUAAGAUCUUCCAAGUGGUGCAGGAUUAUGAGUUGCAGCAAAUUGUUAGUAAGGAGGACCAGCCAGCAGGCAGCAGUAACACUAACAGAUGAAAAUAUAGAAGUUUGUAUAGGCUACUAUAAUUGAGGUUUAUU